AUGCCACUGCCUCCCAUUAGAGCCAGAGUGCCAAACAAUGAUGCCAAGAAGGAGCCAUUCCAGCCAGUCAGACCAGAGGGCAGCCCUCGUCCUGCUGCUUCAAAGAUCAGAAGGCAGGUUGUGAAGAAACACAUUCCGUUCAAGACCCUAACUGUACAGGAUCUACCGCCAUGCCCCGAUGAGAUGGUGUGGGACGUCUUCAACUCCGAGUCUGAGCAGGUGAUGGCAUAUCUGAAGGCCAAGCUGAUCAGUGUCACCCAAGAAUUGAACCUGAUUAAGAGUGGGUCCAAGAUGGGUGCUCAGGCUUUGGAGGAGAAAAACGCAAAGGAACUGUUCAGAAAAAAGGUGGUGAAGUACAUUCAGGAGAUCUGCCUGAUGAAGGUGGAUUCUGACCUAUGGGAGAUGAUAAGAGAUUACGAAGAAGAAGAAGGAAGGAGUAAAGAGGUGAGGAGAAAUGGAGAAGAAAGCAGCGUGGCAAGUAAGCCAAAGCAGACAGUCACGAGAUACGCUGUGAGCAAGCCAAAGGAAGUGAAGAAGGGUUUGACCAUUGAAGAGAAAAAGGACAGACAGGUAAAGUAGCUUGAUAUAUCAAAGCCAUGCUAACUGCUGAUCUAGUGUAGUGUUGGUGAUCACAUGCGUUUGUAUCAGAGGAGGUUGAUGGGAGGAGCUAUAGAAGGAUGGGCUCCUAAUGGCUGGAAUGGAAUUAAUGGAGCAGAGUCAAAUGUGGUUUCCAUAUGAUUGUGUGUGUGAUACCGUUCCCUUUAUUCCAUUCUAGCCAUUACAAUGAUCCUGUCCUCCUAUAGCUCCUCCCACCAGCCUCAUCUGGUUUGUACAUGUUGUAUAUCUUGUAUUUGUUGCCCUAGCUGCCCAUUAUUUGGCCCAUCUGAUAACAUCCAUUAAUUCAGGUGGUGUUGAAACGUCGAUUUGGGAUGAGUGCAGCCAACUCCAAGCUGAAGCAGUGUGAGCACUGCGGCCGGUGCUUUGAUCCUAGCCGCCUGGAGAAACACAGCGAGAUCUGUGCCAAGCUCUCCUCCAAUAGCUCUAGACGGGGGGUCUAUGACUCCACCAAGCACCGGCUCAAGGGCACUGAAAUGGCCGGCUACAUGAAGCGAUCUGUGGUGUGA